AUUCAGUAUCGUUUUGGCCGUAACCGUGAACGGACGCGUUUCGGAUCCUAUGUGUUUGCCGUUGUCGCCGAGAAGCAGCCGAAGAAGCUGACGACAGGAAGCGGUGUUCUAGCUCAUCUUUGCUCAUUGUCGCGAAAAAGUGAAGCACAAAACGCAGACGGAGGGAAGAGAAAGAUUCUGUGUAGAAGUGGCCACAGGGGGAAGAAGAGAAUCCUGCUUAGAGGAGAUCGUUUCCGGGUGUGAAGAAUCAUUCCGUUUCGGGCUUAGUGUAGAAUCGGAUGGACUGUUUUCCGGACUUGAGGAAGAAGUGAUCGUAGAGGAUUUUGAAGAACAGUGAUCAGUUUCCUUCGAAGAAGUUAGAACGAUUUCCCUGGAAUACGGGGAGCACACCCCCAGGCAGCAAGUAUUGGAUAAUUACGUCGAAUCCAUCGAUCGGAGAGUACCAGCCAUUUCACCAAGACGCUUCACUAGGGAGAGAAAAUGAGGAAGUGCUACCUUCUUCUGCUACUACCGGUAGUGUUUGGGACACGGCCGCCGGCUGCCGUCUUCGAGGACGUGUUUGAACUGGGACGACCGAAUAUUGCCUACCUGGCCAACCCGGGCAGUCAGAAUGGCAUGCAAGCCUAUCUGACCAAAAGGAACCGCCAAUUGGCGGACUACAACUUGGCAACGGCCGGUUCCCGGUACAACCCCUACUACACGGCAGCAGCCAGCGAACGCUACCAAAACUACGAGGAGUCGCAGAACGAUCGCAUCCGGUUGGAGAAUCUACAGAAGAUUGCCACGGUGCGCACCAAGCGGCUGGACUCCCUAGCGAUGCCCCGCAGCUCCAAGAGGCUGGAAAUUGUUCCGCGAGAGAUGCUCCGGUUUACUUUGGCCGAUGCGAUGAUCACUCCUCACAAGGAACCGGAGGCACCGACGAGGGAAGCGAAGCAGGUUAAACGGCGGGCGAAACGUGAGGAAGGUCGAUCGGGAAAGCGAAUCGAACCGGUUCCACGGGAGAUCAUUUGGUUCCAAGCGGAGGAUGCAAUGACACAGGCUCCGGAGACGGAAUCGGCUCAGGGAGCGAAGGUUCAUCAGAGGAGGAAGCGAUCGGCCGAUCCAGGAGUUAACAAGGAAGGACGGGAGAUGGUUUCGUUUGAGUUGCAGGAUGCCAAGACUCCGGAACGAGAUGCCAAGCUGUUUGAACAGCAGGUCCAACAGGAGAACCCGAACUUGAGGAUGCCGUUUAUGACUUCGGAUACGUUCAAGAGGGGAUCUGUUUACGACGAAGUUGUUGAACAACCGGAGGGUAGGAAGAGGGAGCCCAAGAAGGAGAAUAGGGAAGCCCCGAAAGCUGGAUCUGAUAUGAGCAUUGAGGAAAGCAGACGGGUAAAAAUCAUGCGAGGUAACAGGAAGAAGGUCACAAAUUAUGAGGACUUGCCGUUCGGCGUUCAGAAAGCAAUUGAUUUGGCGAUCAAGGAAAAUGAGCGAAUGAAUGUUAAGCCUAUUGAAGAGCCUACCAAGCCACCAAAGUUCUACUUCGGUGACAAGAAGCCUAAGACGAAGAAACCCUUCAGCUCAACGACUGCCAAAGCGACCUUCCAAAACCCUAAGGACACUAAGUUUGUUCCAAUCCCUCCAGUAGAGACUGGCUUUGUUCCAGUGAAACCAACCAAGAGUGAUUCUAGCGAAAACUUGAAACCGGAAAAGGGCAAUCCUGCUUCGUGGUGGGCUGUGUCGAACUUGAACCGACCAAAAAGACUGCACCAAAAGGCUUCCUAUCCUCCACUAGUGGUCAAUCCUCAAUAUGUCAAUACAUAUAAGCCAACCAUGGAAACCUAUAAAAUGAAGGAAUUAUCGCCUGGCUACGAGCAUUCUCAUGAAAACACAUAUGAAUACGAAACCCCGAAGGAAGUGAUCAUUCAAGAUAAACCAAAGAUCCAAUACGUGAUCAAAGAGGUACCCGUCCCCGUACGUAUCAAGGAACCUCGUACCAAAAUCACAGUCAAGCCUUCGAUCUCUAUCUCCUAUGACAAAGAGCCUUCUGCUCCAUCGUCAUCUCAAGAAGCUGGACAACCCGAAUACAACAACCCCUACGGACCGGUCGAACUCCGCUACGAGCAACCCAAAGAAGCAAAACCCUUCCAAAGUCUUAAGAUCAUAGUUCCAGACUCCAAGGAACAAUCUGCUCCCUCCUACUAUGAAGGAAACCACGUCGAACAUUCCCAUGCCCCGGAAUCAUCGCAUUCGGCAGAAAGCUAUGAAUCAACUGGAAGCAGCAUCGCCGCACUUUCCGCCCUUAUCGGCAAACGUCCAACAGUUCAACUGAAAGGACUCAACGAACUACUGCAUAUGCCCAUUCCAGUGGGUAACGCACAACCUCUGCAAGCAAUGAAAACCAGAGUACGACCCCAGGACAGCACGGCUCCGAUCAUGUUCCCUGGGGAAUCUUCCACUCCGGCGCCAACUCUUCCCAGGAAGACCACCGGCUACCGCAGUGUCAAGAUCGAAAACGGACCAAAGAUUGUGUACGAAGAUAGUCCCAAACCGAGCACCUUGUACCACACGGUGCAGAUGAACCCUCAGCUGAAGGUUCCAAUGACCAAGGACUACACCCCGAUCAAGGAGGUCGUUUCGGAUAUUUCCGAUGCCGACAUCGUAGGUCCAACCAUUUCCGCUCCUACUCAUGCCACGUACAUUAUUGGAUCGACGGUGGCAACCCCAACCGCCGAAUCCUUCAGCUAUGAGAGCGAUGCGAAGAGCCAUGAAUCAGCUAGUUACCAACAGAUUCAUACGAUCCACAGUACACCAAAAACUAUCGUUGAACCCAUUAGCGUACAGUAUGAACCAAAAGAAGUAGAAUAUAAGCAGCACUCGCACUACCACCAGCACCAUCACUACGAUGCUUCUCACGAUGCUCCUGAACAUCACCAUCAUAACUACGAAGAGCAUGGUCAGCUAGUCCGCGCCGAAUACCACGGAUAUCAAGAUCCCCACGAUCAGCAUGACCAUCACGACGAUGAUCACAGUGAAGAUCACGACGACUCGGAAGGAUACGCCUUCGGCUAUCGAGUUCGUGACUUCCACACCGGAAACGACUUCGGUCACAUUCAGAACCGGGACAACGGCGUAACCCGCGGCGAGUACCACAUUCUUCUUCCGGACGGCCGAGUCCAGAACGUGCGCUACACGGCCGACGAGCAAGGCUUCCACGCGGAAGUGAGCUACGAAAGCAUUCCAACGCCCCACGAAUCGGCGCCUGCGCCUUCGGUCGUAGCUCCACCGCCAUCAGCGUCAAGCCACUCGUAAGCUCCCAACCACGUUGCUGAGAUGGGAACGGUGUAAAUAAGAAGCGAGAGCAAACACGCGACGUCGGAAAAGAUCGCGAUCGAGAAGCGCUCGGGGAAGGCGUAAUCGCGUGGCUGCGUCACGGAGAGCUUGAGUAUUACCAUCAAUCGGAGGGCAAGCGAGCUUUUGCUAGUCACCACCAGAAGGACUGAUCUAGAGAAAAGCACUCGAUCGCCGCCAUUUACCUACUAGAAGCUUUGCAGCACAAAACGCGUACUCCCCUGUUCCCCUCAAUUUCAAAUCGAUCAAGACUGACCUUACGUCGUUCGGCGCUCUCCAGACUGUCGGACUGUAUGCAUUGAUAUAAGUAUUCUCAUUCCCGAUUCAUGUUUAUUGUUAAACUUAUUUCGUUACACACAUCAUUCCUCCGGGUUCUUCAGUUUGCUGUUAGACCUUACAACUGUUAUUUAAUUGUAUUAUUUAAUUUAUUUUUUAAGCUACCACUCCAUCCCAGAACAAAAGAAAAAACUGUCUGAUGAACUGACGCACCAAAAUGUUGAUGUGAUCUACGGGACUUGUGCAAUCUUUUUUUUUCCUAAUUUUACGUUUCUUUUUCCUAGUAAGACCGAACGAACGAAUACUCAAUAUUCAUCAUAAGCAAUCACGUUAGGUGGAUAAGUCGCAGGAGAAUGAUGAUGAAUCAGAAAGAAAAGUAUUAAACCGAUAGAUUUACACUAAUGUAAAAAGUAACUGCAAAAUCAAGUGAGCACCUUACAGUGUAAAUUUUAUCGUUGCGUAGGAACUAAGCAAUUUAAACCAAAAAGGAAAUUGUACCUUGUUCACGGGAAGAAAAGUCGAAAAUGUUGCAAUAAAAUUGUUGAUGUUGUUAAUGUAA